GUACGGUCCUCCUCGUCUGCCGUCGUAACGUCGUUGAAAAAUGACCACGGGAAACCAUGUUCCGCGAUCAGAUGAAGUUGGGAGUCGUUACGCGAUGCUCGUCGAUGCGAAGUGGCCCUAAUUUUUCGAAUAACGGUUCCUUUGGUCCGGGCUGUCUUUUCGAUUCUGAACUUUCGCUGUUACGGUUUUAGGAAUCAAUCUACUUUGUUCGAAUUAUCGACGCGUUUCUAUGAAACAAAGCAAAAAUCCAGAUUAUGGUUUAGCACUCGAGGACAUAGUAGACUUCCUCGAUUUUUCGAUAGCGAAUUUUCAAGUUCCCAAAUCUUGCAGCUUUGGAAAUUUGCAGAUUUGCUCGAAAUAGCAGACUUCGUUCGAAGGAAGCCUACUGUAUGUCGAUAGAGAAAGUUAAAAUGAUCUCACGUGACGACCGAGGUGUGGCCGCUCGUAUCGACGAGCUCACGCAAAGAUUCCUAUUUUCUCUGUUCAACGAUGGCGGACAGACGAUUGCCUCGAGAACGACCCGGGUAAACGAGAAAUCUUCGGACUCUAGGACGUACCGAGACCCAGACUAAUGUUCCAUAAUCACGACAUCAUCGUGCAAGCAAAUCACGGGCUCGAUGAGGCAGAGGGCGCGGCUUACCACCACCACCACAGCCAUCACCAGCAACAUCAUCGGCAUCGUCAUCAUCAUCCACUAUCCGUUCCUCCUCCUCACCAUCAUCAUCAGGCGCUACAGGAAGACGAGCAACAGCAGCAACAGCAACAAGACCAGUCGUCGACCACCGCUACCACCACGAACAACACAACCUCGACCAAGUAUCAACGGAGUCCGGCGGACUUCAGACAGCAGAAGAUGAUACGUGAUCACCAUCAACAGCACGGUUAUAGGUGUCCUCUUUGUUGUAGGACCUUGCAGGACAUCAGCACUAUGAGAGCUCACUUGGAGCACCAUUAUCCUCGUGACUCGCCCACCUGUCCCGUUGCCUCUUGCGCGAAAACCUUCUCUCACCCUAACAGCGUUAGGAACCAUAUGCGGCUCAAGCAUCCGGUACAGUGGGAUCAGAUUAAGACGCUCAGAUGGACCUACGUCUGAUAAAGAGGCAAUGGGUCGUUGCUGGGUACCUCUGUGGGUUAGGGUUGGACACGUUUACAAAUCAUUGAAACUUCCGUAUCUUUCUGUUGUAGUUUAGUUGAUGGCACAGAAUUACGAUGCAAAGAAAUUAAGUUAAGGCUAUCGGAUCUGUGAUAAUUUGAGUAAUUCGAAUAUUAGUGUAUUUGAAUUCGAAUACGCUAUUUUGAAUGUUAGUCGCAUCACCCAGUGAUCUAAUUCUAAUCAGACAUUGGAAAUUCACCAUUUGAGUAUUUAUGUUUUAGUUUUAGUAUAACAUCCCGAAUAUUCGAAUUAUCCCUGAACUAUUCCAUUUUAGAUACCUCUUUUAUUUUGUAUCAAGAAUGUUAUUUUAUACCAAGAAUUAAAAGAUUUGGUUGUAAAGUCAGUAAUAUUUGUGUUUGAAGUUCGAACGGAAAUUUUUAAUCAAACACUUUUUGUUUCUUUGAGUCGUCAUUCGAUGCUGUCCAAUAAGUUCGUUUUCCGUUUCCCAAUUUCUCUGUCGCCUAUCGAUUGCACGCGACUCGAUAUAUCGUUUCUCGGAUACGGUGUAGGUUGCGUCGCAGCGAGAAGGUCUCGCGUGCCAGAGUCUAUAAACGUUCGAAGGGUUGUAAUACGCGAAAUUACGUGCUGGUUGAAUUGUAAGUAUACCACCACGAUGUGACGAGGGGUCAAAGAUUGUCUAUUAGUGCUUUAUUCUCGAGAACGUCGCACAAACCCACCUCUCUUCCUGAGGAUGUAAUGUACCCACUGAGAAGCGCACAUUUUGUAAAUAUUCGGGAGAUUAUAUUGCAGAAAAAAGAAAGAGGAUAUAUAUUAUAUAUAUAAAUAUAAA